AUGGCAGCGGCAAUGGGCUCCGUGCCGGGACAGAACCGCGACGCCAUCAUGAAACAGCUGCAGGCACUCCAGACAUCCCACGCUCGCACCAAACAGCUCUCCCAACAGCCAUCCAGCGGACACCAAUGGCCCUCUUCGUCCCACGCCCACAGCCCAUCACAGGAUCACAGCCCGUCCCCAGGUCUUGCCCAGCAGGAAGGCUUCCAGCUCCCGGGCAUGCCCCAGUCGGGGUCCAGCGAUGGCAUGUCGGCACAGGCGCAGCAGCUGGGGUCCAUGUCGCAACAACAACGCGAAAUGUUUCUGGCCCAGCAACAGCGAUUGCAGCAGGGAUACGCCCAGGGUCAGGCGCGGCCUCCGGUACCCCAGCAUAUCCAACAACGGCAAGGCUUUCUCAAGAGCUUUGCCCAGUACUUUCAUGCCUCGGGGCAGACGCCUCCUGAUGCUAUAUUCAACAAUGGGGAAAGAGAGGGGUGUUUCAGAGUGGGUGAAUACUGGAUGGAUGUGGUGGACUUGUUGAUGGCGGUGAUGAAGAGUGGCGGCAUCAUGGCCGCCAUGCAGCAACCGCCAGACAGCCCCAUGUGGCGCAUGCUGCUGUCCCAGAAAGGCAUUCCCGCCGUCCUUCCCCGUCCCAUCGAAUGUCCCAAACCCCCAAACUCUGACCCCAACUCGCCCCCAACCAUGACGACCAACCCCGUCACAUACCUCUCGAGUGCAUACUUUGCUUGGAUACAAGGUUUUGAAGUCAACAUGCAGAAGAAUCGACAAGCAUCGUAUAUGCGGCAGCAGCAAGCGGCCAUCGCGGCGGGUAGGCCACCGCCAGCCCCGCCUAUCAACCCCAGCAUCUUGAACACGCAGAGACUGUCUGGUCAAGCAGACAGUCCGUCUACACCAGGCUCGGCGGUCCCUCCUUCCCCAGCUACAAAUGCCCUGUCUUUCGGUCAACAAGGCACACCGACCCCUUCCACACCUGGGGGUUCGACCCAGCCUUCAGGGACUUUGCGUAGAAAACCGUCGGAUAAAAAGGACAGCCUAUCAGUGAACACGAGUGCGGGGCCGGUAGAUGGAGGGGCAGACACACCAGACAGCUCGGCAGGGGGCAAGAAGAGAAAGAGGGGAAAGAAUGGGAAAUCGCAGGAAGAAACGCCUGCCCCUACUCCAGCACCGGAACCAGAAGAACCAGAACCGCCCGUAUCCCCAUCCAAACGCCAGCGCUUUCGUGUCGAGUACCGACCCAUCCACUUUCCCAUCCCUACAUCCGCCGGCUGGGACCCCAACAUGGUCUCUGCCACCUAUUCCAAAAACUCUCUCCGCCAGGGUACACGGCCGAUACACGAUCUUGCAGUCGUGGAUAUGGAAGCCGUCCUGAUGAGUUUGAGAAGUAGGAUGCCGAAAGAGCUGGGGUAUGCGGUCACGGUGUUGGCAAUGUUGUCGAUGCCGCACCCGGAAGAGAAUAUCGGGGGGUUGCCCCUGCAUCACCUGAGAGAGGUCUUUCUGGAACUGCUGGAUCUGACGGACGAGAUGACGUUUGGAGAAGGCGGACAUCAAGCGUGGCUACAGGCACAAAACCCAGAGGUCAAAAAGGAGGACCCAGACGCCGAGACAACGGGGUCGGCGCGGGGGAUGGAUGAUCUCAACAGAUUACCAUUCAUUGAACUGGAACGGCUAGGGAAAGAUUUCGACUUUGAGGUUCUGGGCGACGAAGAGGAGGAGCAAGUACAAUGGCGCAAAGACGAGACGGGAGGCAGAACCAAGCUCGUCCUGGCCUGUGUCAACAUCAUGCGCAACCUCUCCAUGUUGUCGGAAAACCAAGAAAUCAUGGCAGGCUAUCCAGAAGUGAUCAAUCUCCUGGCUGCCCUUUGCGACGCUCGUCUUUGCCGCUUACCUGGUGAGGCCCUCGACAAGAGCACAAAGAAGCCAUUUUCCGUCAUGGAACUCGCCCGCGUUCGGCGAGAUUUCGUGACCAUCUUGCUCAACCUCGGAGGAGGUGUUGAUCUGCGGCAAGCGACUCCGUCUGCCACUCUGGCAGUGUUUCGUAAUCUCAGCUCCUUCCUCGCCUCAGGCUGGGAGUCCAACAAUCUUCGAGAACCCAUAUACGGCCCAACGCUUGCCAGCUCAAUCCGCGAGACCGGUCCCCCUACAUCUGUCCCCUCGGUGGGCAGAGCCUUGGGAGCGUUCUCUCUCCUGACGCAUCCCGAUUCUAAUCGCGAGGUACUCGGCCAGGUCGUCCCCCAGGAUGAACUCGUCGAGCUCUUUGAGAAUCUGCUCAAACUCUUACCCAUCACCAGGCGUCACUUUGAAGCCAUGCACUCUCUAGAAGAGUCAUUAGGCCACUACGAGACCCUGGGUCUUGCCCUCUACUCUCUCGCCUUUUUAUCCCCCCUCGCGGCCCGGGCAGAGAUGCGCAACGUCCCAGGCAGCCUCGCCCUGAUCACUCGCGUCAUAUUCGACACCGCCAUCCAGAAAGGCCACAACGCCAGCAACCCCUUUGCCAUCCUCUGCAGACGACUGUGCGAGACGUUGGGUGUUCUCAACGGUACUGUCAUGCCGGGCGGGGCGGUCGAAGGGGUCAGUGGGAUGAGCUUUGGAGGAGGCGGGAUUGAGGGGAGUGGGUGGAAGUUUGCGAGUGAAAAGGUGGAGCAGGGGUGGUUGGCCGGGAGGGAGGAGUCGGUGCUGGCUGCCCUACUGGGCGUGAGGGAUAUCAACUGGACGGCGUUGGGCGAGCUGGACGGGAUGCUGUGGCAUACAGAGUCGGAAUAG